AUGUACGCCUGCUCACGCACACGGCGCCAGUCGCCAAUCUCGCGCAGCUCCGUCUCCACUCCCUUGCAGAACUCUUCAAUCUCCUCGCGCGUCGCGCUGCGACGCAGCAGCUGUGGGUGCAACUCCUCGCGUCUCGGGGUAUUGGCACCAGCACCCGCAACCACCACGAGAGGGGCAGCAGUCGGAGGUGAGCUUGCCUCGCUUUCGAGGCGCAGCAGGUCCGCCGUCAUCUCGUUAAGCGCGGCGCUCGUUCGCGCAAAGUCCCCGUCGGCAUUACCGAAGGCGCUGCGAACCACAUCCCGCGGCACGCCAGGAAACAUGGUGCACAACUUCUUCACCCGCAACUCGUCCGCCGGCUUGAUGCGGCCGUUCCAGAAGUUGCCGUAA